AUGAAGGCUCUGGCGAUCGAUCCAGAGCUUGAGGAGUUGAUUGCAGAGGCAAGGGAGGAGUCUGCGAUGGCCGAGGAGCAGGAGAGGAUAAAGAUGCUGGAGGAUGCGGCACAAGGGAGGAGCAACGCCAUGGAUCCGGAGGAGGUGAGGAGGAAAACAAUGGAAGUGGAGGAGAUGAAGCAGCUCAAGACUUUGAAGAGGAAGGACGCACUACAAGUGGCGGCAAACAAGCUGGAAGCAUCGGAGACAUUCGACGAAAAGAGAGCCAAGUCGUCGGUGGGAGCAAAGGCGGUGAAAGCAAAGGAGGACACGCGCAUUGACGAUAGCUACGACGAGGCCUGCAUGUAUUGCCAUGAAUGGGAGGAGCUGUGGGCUGCGCUCAUCCCCUCGAUGCGCUACACGGAUAAACCACCUGCUUCUGAACUCUCCGUCUGCUCCUACAUGCAUACUCUGAACGUCUUUUCAGUAAAACUUGCUGGAAUAGACGAUUCUCUACGGUGGCCAUUGCAUGUGUUCGGUGUCGUUGCUGCCCGCGACUAUCUGGAUCACAAUCGCAAUAUAAUAUUUCUUCGGGACAGGGAUAACUGCCAAAUCAUCCACCAGAAGGAUCCAUAUCUAGAACUGACAGGUCCUACACGUGGUGUUGUGGUGGUGGAUCCUACGGAAUUCGAGGUUAAAUUGAAAGUUAAGGGCUCUACUGAAUCUGAGGACAGGGAUUUAAGCUUUCUCAUUACACGGUACAAUUGUUACGACUCGGAGAAUCGUUCACGCGUGAUUAAUAGAGUUAUGACUAGCCUGCUUAGUACACUGGAGCUGACAUUUGGCCACAUUGUUCGCUCGGUGGAGGCCACGAUCAGUGUGAGAUUCAUAGGUGGGACAUGGCCAGAUGGUUUCCGAGGUGUAUUUACCGCAAGUACCGCCAGCAUACAUCACAUGGAGGUCACGUUGCUUGCUUUUCGAGAUGGUAUAUUACGUGUUGAUUCCUGUGGCAUGAUCGCGCUUUCACGAGACGUUGCUUGCGUUGAACUUGAUGGAAAGCUGAAAGUUUCUGUCGCGGCGCGAGGUGAAGACAAGGAAGCUGUUGGAGAGAGUGCUGAUAUGGUUUUCACGCCUAAGAAAGCUGGUAGAAGCUGUGGUAUCAUGAAGAUUGGGUCAUGCGAGAUGGAAGUCACUGUGGCCUGGUCUGUUUUCACGGCUUGCAUGUUUGCCCGUGAUCCCAGUGCAUGCCUAGCCGUCUGGGAUCCCUUUUUUCGGCCCUCUGAUUCUGAUUAG